UAUCCCAAUGUCGGCGAGGACUCCUCAGUCGGUCCUCGCCAUGGUCCUGCUCCUAGUCGUCCUCCUAGGGACCGCCGCCGCAUCCAGCCUACGCUACGAUCAGACACAGACCGGUGACACCAACAUCCACUUGCAAGUCAAGAAUGUGGAGGUACUCGCCCUCCUAGACGAUUCGGUCGGAGCAGAGUAUGACUAUGAUUACAACGACUUCACUGAGAAACCAGCAAAGCCGGUUCCUGGUUCCAACUCGAGCCUGGCCGGCACUUCGAAUUCCAACUCCACCGGUACUCCUGACCCCAUCGCUGCACUCAUCUCCGCUUCCCCUGCUGUUAGCGCCUUGAACUCCACAAACUCCACAGCAGCCAGUGCCACCGACAGUAGCACCUCGGCCAGCGACGUCGCCCUCGACAUCAAGGAGCCAUUGCUGGCGUCUACAGCUUCUGCCCCAGCCGCAGUGGAGGACCCAACCCCCUCUCCUGCCCAGACCACUAAGAAGUCACGCCGAUGUGGAGCAGGAUUUUACAGGGACACGUCGGGCCGUUGUCGCAGGAUCAGAAGACCCCAUCUUCAGUAAGUCAGGAUGAUGAUGAACCUGGCUCGCGGACAGACCACAGUUGCUGCUACAACUUCUUGAGUCCUCGUCGACAGUUCAUUGCGUUUCCACUUCUAUCCUUGACAUUAUUAAUUAAGUUUACAUUAAUAAACGAAAACUUUCACAAUCUUGGUUAACAAAAGGUUUUGCGCACAUGUUGUGCUCCCUUUUGCACGUUUCAACAGAACAGCGUGCAAAAAGGAAAACACGUUUGGCAGUUAAGGCCCCAUUUGGGAUUUAACUCCGUGUUUGCAAAAUAUUAAGCUCAAUAGGUAUAAUGACUAGGGAGUUUUCGUACUUGUGAUAGUUAUUUAUGGAAGUUAGGCUAUAACCACAUAAUAAAUGGGUUUUUAUAUUUUC